GCUAAAAGGAACACGGCCCGGAUCCAGGUUUCGAUCGAUGUGCCACAAUCUCUGCGCGCCAAAGAUUUGUGGCUCAGUUGUCCAGUUUGGGCGGAACGUCCCUGAUUGAGAGACGAGUCCGGACCCCAAUUCUCCCAUGGCGCUGCGGCUGUUCUGUACCUUCAUCGACGUUGAGGAAGCAGAAAAAGACUCUGUCCCGACUCGAAGGUCCAGGAGUCAACCAUGCCCGCGUGGGAGUGCAAACGCAGCGCUCGAUGGUGAGUCAGAGUACGUGGCAACGUUGCUCGAAAGGUCUGAGGCGACCGACUUCCGUGCUUUGUUGACGGUGCAAGAUGCGGCGGAGGGUGAGGAGGCCCAGACGGAGACGGGUCCUCCACCUGUCGAUCCACCUGAUGAGCUCGGGUCCUCCACCAGCGCUGAUGAGGUCGCGCCGAGCUUGGGCACGGUGGGCCAUCCGGUGCUGUGCCGCCGGCCGUGUGUGCGCUUCAUGAAGGGCGAGUGUACCGCGGGCGCUGCUUGCAACUAUUGUCACCUACAACAUGAAGGUUUGAUCAUGUCACUGGAUAAGCGCCAGCGGCAACAGAUUCAGAACAUGGACCUGGCCGAUCUCCUGGCCACGCUCCUCCCGUCGCUCCGCGCCGCGCUGGCCGAGCUGCCGCAGCGCCCGGCGGCACGGCUGCUGGCGGCGCUGCAGGCGCCGGCGGCCGCCAAGGCUCCAGUGCACGACCGCAUGCUGGAUCGAAGAUUACGCAGAAUGUCAUUGUCAGCUCUCCUGUCUUGCAUCACCGCACGACAUAGCGACUUUGCUGUCGCCCUGCACGAACACAUCGACGAGCUUCGUCGUGAGAUGCCAGUCGCAGACGUCCAACGCCGAACCCGAAGUGGAACAGUUUGAAGUCUUGACAUGAAAUGGUGCGUGGAUGGUGGUGGUUUUCGAUACCGUCU